AUGUCGCUAGAAUGGCUUGACAAACAAGCUCAAGACUCUGUGAUAUAUGUUUCUUUUGGCACAACGACUUCAUUGUCCGAUGAUGAGAUCCGAGAACUAGCUAAUGGUUUAGAGAAAAGCAAACAAAAGUUUAUUUGGGUUAUACGAGAUGCUGAUAAAGGAGAUAUUUUCAAUGGUGAAGUUAGGAGAGUUGAAUUGCCUAAAGGAUUUGAAGAGCGACUUCAAGAAAAAGGAUUGGUGGUGAGAGAAUGGGCACCCCAAUUAGAGAUACUGUCUCACCCUUCAACAGGUGGAUUUAUGAGUCACUGUGGCUGGAACUCGAGUAUGGAGAGCAUCACCAUGGGAGUUCCUAUGGCUACAUGGCCAAUGCAUUCAGAUCAACCAAGAAAUGCUGUACUAGUAACAGAGGUGCUAAAGACUGGCAUAAGCGUAAGGGAUUGGGAGCUUCGUGGUGAGCUAGUAACGUCUUCAACUAUUGAAACAAGUAUUCGGAAAUUGAUGGCUUCUGAUGAGGGAGAUGCCAUAAGGAAGAGAGCUGCUAAACUUGGCGAUGAUGUUAGGCGGUCGGUAGAAAAAGGUGGAGUAACACGCAUGGAGAUAGAUUCAUUUAUUGCUCAUAUUACUAGAUAG